ACAGACUCACGACAAUAUUCUAGACAAAUAUUCACUAGACGCAAAACCGAAUCCCAAAAAGGAAAAAGAGGAUUCAUUGCUGGCGGCCUCUCUCUCUGUUUCACAUAUCCAUCUUCUUCAAUUUCUUUCAAUGGCAUCUUUUACCAAUCAAACAGUAUACGUUUUCUUCAUCAGUAUUACUCUUUUAUCUUCACUUCAAAUCAUCCAUGCAAGAGACAGCCACUUCUUUUCCACCAACAAAGAGAUAAAAGGAGUUUUCCUUCUUGAAACUGAAAAUGGUGUUUAUGAUCAUCAUGAAUCACAUCAAUUUUCACCUUCUACCACCCAUAAACUUAUUCCUAACAGCAAGUAUAAUCAGUACUACAGAGGUGAAAAAGACGCUACUUAUGACACCAACCAUAAUGCCAUCUCAAAGGGCAGGCCAUCCGGUGACAAUGAUCACGAUCAGCUGCACGAUCUGAGUGAACCAAGAUUAAUGGACCACGGCUACGUCACCACCUCCACAACCACCAAUCCAACUAACACAAAUAAUUAUCCCUACAAAAAUGGCGGAAAAAGUUACUACUACAACAAUCAAGAACAAAACUAUCCCCCCAACUAUAACCACUACAAUGGUAAAAGGGUACAGCAGCACGACAACACGGAUCAUGUCAAUGAGUUAAGCAACUACAACAACAACCGUUUUAAGUUGAGCGACGAACACCGUAAUUAUAAGAUGUACCUUGAGAAUGAAGACGACUAUCACUAUGUAGAGCCCGAGGAGCCCAGCCCUUGAUAUAGAUGCGCGGUCAAUAUAAAAAAAAUAAUUGCAGUGAGUUUUAUAUAUCAAAGUAUUAAAUGUGUAUGGUUUCGACCCUAUGAGUUUUAUAUAUCAAAGUAUUAAAUAUGUAUGGUUUCGACCCUAAUGCAUUUGAAUAUUUUUAUUGUUCGUUUAACCUUCUGUUUGAAUUGUAGGA